AUGGUCAGGAAGUAUGGCAGUGACUCGCUGGGCCGUGGCGACAUCGAGGCCGACGUCAUAGUGCUGGGCUGCAGCCUGCCGGGUAUUGUUACAGCGCACAAGCUGAAGAGGAAGUUCGGCGACACCAUGGACAUCGUGGUGAUAGACCUGGGCGGUCCCGCCAGGGGCGUGUCCAAGUGCGACGUGGUGGCGUUCCUGGACGAAGACGAUAGAUCCGAGGGGAGCGACACAGACACGCAGCAGCCCGCCGAGCACUCAUCCCGCCGCUACCUGCUGAUGUACGCCAAGGAGUUCAAUAUAACCAUACCGGACGCGAUACUAACGCCCGCCGCUGCGCCUUCCCUCCACAAGCUGUUCGAAUAUAACAACGGCAGCGCGGUCCGGAGCGCGAACAACUUUCACGAUUUCGACUAUUUGUCCGCCCUAGAGCGGUUCGAGCUUGGCCAGUACCAGAGGCAGAUCGACGAGAGCAUGAGAGACUUGUUCCGCGUCUCCAAGUAUCACUCACCGGCGGAGCAGAAGAAGCUUCUGUCCUACGACCAGACCACCAUGGAGAGCCACAUUCGCGGCGCCCUUCUCUUUCCCACUUCGCGCGAGAUCAUGAGGAACAUGGUGAGGCUGGUGUGCGGCGUCGCGCCGGACGCGGUCUCCGUGCUGUUCUACCUGCACCAGUGCUACAGGAACCACAGCUGCAGGGAGUACCUGGACGGGAACAACACGCGGUUCCGGGAGAAGCUGCUCGGCUAUUGCAGGAAACGGCUCGCGCAUCAGCUGCAGCGCAGUGUCGCCGACAUCACGCUGUCGGCCAAGUCGAUUAAAGGGAUCCGAACCCACUCGCGGGAGCAAGUGAUCUUGGAGACCAUGAAGGGCGAGAACAACUACGUGUGCAGGCUGCUAGCGAUGGCGUUGAACCCGGACCAGCUGCGGAGAAUCGAAAUGGAGCCGUUGCUGUUGUCGGACAGCGAGUCGCGAAUCGUGGAGUCGUUGACGCCGGGCCGCGUAAGGAAGUUCACCGUUCAGUACGAGACGGACUUCUGGCGUGUGCAGGGCUUCAGCGGCGAGAUCCUCAGCGUGCGGGGGCCCAUCGUGUGGGCGAUGGAGCGGCCGGCGCUGUGCGCCACGGGCAGAGGCAAGCGCUACUCGUACCUCGUGGGGUACUUGAGGGCGGCGCGGGGCGACGGCGACAAGCGGGACUCGCGGCGGGAGGUCACCGAGCAGCUGGUGCGGCUGUUCGGGGAGCGCGCUGCGGACCAGCUGAGCUACAAGGAGAGCGAGAUAGAAGAUGUGUUCGUCCCGAAGUGCGGGCACUACGUGGCGCUCAGGCGGUGGUGCCGGCAGAACUCGGGCGGCGUUGAGUGGGCGCCGCUGGACGUGUACCAGGAUGGCGACGUGGCGGCCGCGCUCGAAGCGGGCCACGCGGCGUACCUCAGGGUCGCGAGCGCGCUGCGGCCUCAAGCGCAGAGCUUCGAGGACGUGGCUGCGGCGGAGGACCGAUCGGACAUCAGCGGCAACUUGUUUAACCGGCUCCUGGCCAAGGUGAACAUCGUGAGCGGCGCGUCACUGGUCGCGUACACGACGGCCGCGUAUGUGUGCGUGAGACUGGUCAAAUCGUACUUUGCACGGACU